AUGGCGCCCACAAUACACUCCGCCAAAUUGACACUCUCGUGUCCGCUCUUCGCAGCCGACUUCGACCCGCGCAACAACGGUCUACUGCUCGUCGGCGGCGGAGGCGGCGAGGGGCGCAGCGGAUCUCUUCUUGAUACUUCGCGUCGUGAUGAGAUCACCGAGGCCGUUGAACUGAACUUAUCGCGUGAUGAAGAUUCGGUGACGUCGCUGGCUGCCGCGCCGGUGUGUGGUGAUGCAACUAGCUCUCUUGUUACUUUGGCUGGAAUCAAUAGCUCUGUGGCAGAGCAGAAAAAGAACAACAAUCAGCAUAUGCGCGCUUUCCGCUUUGUGGCGCCACGAAAGAACCGAGCUGUAGCUGCCCCGCAGGAUACGGAAGAGUUGAAGGACGAAAAGAAGACAAAAGACGACAAGGACACCAAACCCGAGGAAGUGAUCAUACCCGGGAGAGCAAUAACUCUGUCGCAAGCUUCAUUGUUCCGCACGAAGAACGGGCCAGGCUCCUCGGAUACGUACCAGCGCGUGGUCAGACUCUCGCCGUGGCCGAAGGGGAAGGACAAUGAGAAACACACCCGGAUUGGAGCUAUUGCAACGGGUCUGGCAGCUUCUGGGGAAAUUGUAUUCUUUCGCGCCACCGAAACUCCUAGCGAGACAGAUGUCAUUGGCCGUAUCCAACUAAGCGGCAAUGAAGAGGCCGAGGAUGUCGACUUUGCCAGUCUCGAACACGACCCCGAACAGACCGAAGACGCCAAAGAUCAGUUCCGUGUGGCUUAUACAAAUGGAGUGGAUAUCAUGGUUGGCGAGAUUUCCUCGUCUAACAACUCCAGUAGCUCCCCCGAGGUUCGCUGCAUCUACACCACUCCUCUAUCAGCCAGCGGCGCUCCCACACGCCCCAAGUUCCGCGCGCUGCGCUUCCUCUCUCCCCGAACCCUGCUCCUCCUGCAGAAUGCACCAGACCGUGGUGGCAGUGAGCUCAUUCUUCUUCAACUCCCAACCACCAGCCAGAGCAAGCCCCAAAUCCUACGUCGCCGCAAGCUCCCCAGAACCGUGAAGAUCGGUCUGGGUUUGGAUAUAUGCCAAUUAGGAACUAAUCCUCAAGGCCAGCAACAGACCGUCAUCGCAGUCAGCGGCAGUGACAACUCCAUCGCUCUCUUCACACUAGAAUAUGGACCAAAGCGCGGAUACAGCAACGUCCGCCCCUACUCAACAAUCCGCGAAGUCCACCCCUUCUCAAUGACAAAGCUCGCCUUUUCAACUUUCACCGCACCCUCACAUCCCAUAGGCCCAGAAGUCGGGCCCCAGAAUGUGAAGCUCGCCUCCGUCAGCAUGGGCAAUACAGUCGUUGUGCACACAUUCCCUCUCUCCCCAUUCCCAACCUCGUCCCGCACCCCCCGCUACGUCCUAGCCAUGCCCGGCCCAGCCGAGAUCUGGGAACUAAUCUACAGCAUCCUCAUCCUCCUCUUCUCCAUCUCAGCCAUCUGCUUCGCAAUGCUGGCCUUCGCCGAAAUCCGCGGCGGCACACCUCCCUUCUUAGGCGCCGCCGAGUGGCUCCCAGUUGGUCUCCGCAAUAUGGUUGCUGGUCAAUACGUCCCCCCUCCACCAGAUCGUCUGACAUACCUCGAUACCCUGCUUGCGUCUCGCUACAAGGGUACAACGAAUAUCCCCGUCAUCCAAACACACCCGGACUCAACCGAGCAAGAGCAACUUGAAUCACUCCGUUCAAUCCUUGACCGCGUCCACAAUGCCGGUGCUGCACCUGCAGACCUGGAAACCGCCACGCCCCACGAUCUCUCCGUCAUUGUGCGGUGCCACGAGGCAGGCCACGGCGCUGAAGAGAGCAUCUUUGUUGAGACGGCUACGUCGGCGCGUCAUAAUGGCAUCUCCGAUGAGGAGAAGUUGCGCGCUUGGACUGAUCUUUCCGAUGAGGAUCGAAAUAUCUGGAAGCAGAGGCUGGUCGAUGCUGGACGGUGGACGGCUGCUGAGGGGGAGAGUAUCCUUCUAGGUGUUUUGUUUGGGACUGCUUGUCGUGAACUGGGUGGUGCUGUUAGGGCUGAAUUGCCUUGA